GCAGUCUCAUCAUGUCCAUAAUUAAUAUUCAAUGAAAGACGAGGAAGGUACAGAGAAGUGAAAUAUAACUGACAAGAUAAGAUUAUCUGCAGUGCUCAGUAAAUCCAGUAAACUCUGAGAUCAGCUGUAACACUGCGCGGUAGAUCAAAGCUAACUGGAUCUACAAAUAGUGACGGUGCAACAAAAUGUUAAUGUGGUGUAUAUUAACGUUUGACGUCUUCUGAUCCAACCGGAUUAAAAGGCCAUGAUGACGAUGCAAAAUGUGACGUCAUCUCCGGAUGUGGAUAAAAUUCUACGACACUGGAACAGCGAGAUUUCGCGGUCGUUCGCGUUAAGUACCGCGGUACAUUCCAUUCUGUUUUCUAUUGGGACCUUUGGAAACCUGUUUAUUAUUUUUAUCUACAACUUUAAGAUGAAAGGGUACAAGGAUGAUCGGUAUUUCAUUCCUAUACUAGCCGUGGUGGACAUUUUGGCGUGCAUGUUCUCCACGUGGUUUGCCUUGACUGUCAAUAUCUUUCCCGUCAUGUUCCCAGACGAUGUUCUGUGUAAGUGUCUCCUGUAUAUGAAUUACCUAGCAACUCAAAGCUCAAUAUUUCUAUUGGUAGUGAUCUCCAUUCAACGUUUCCUGAAAAUAUGUCGUCCAUUCCAAAAACAGAUGACCUUGUACUGGAAAAGGGUAUCUCUGGGGGUCAUUGCGCUUGUGACCUCCAUAAUCCUCAUACCGGAACUGAUAUUCUAUGGAAGGGUACCAGUAAAAAGUGCCAAGUAUAAUGUGACAGGACACAUAUGUGGUCCAAUACGAUCACCGGAAAACAUGGCCACUGGUUUAAUCAGCUUCACGGCAGCUGCCAUGUCCAUCUCAGUUCUGAGCAUUGCUGUCAUUGUUGCUAUGUACCUCUACAUAUUAAAGCACCUCUUGCGACAGACGAGAGUCCGGAAGUUGAAUCAUUGCACGAGCUACUCGCGUUCCGAGGUUUCGGAUGUUCCGGUCCCUAGCGAAGACAAGGACCAGUGUGAUUUUCCUCCGUCAAAACGACCGGAGAUUAACGGAAACCGCAAAGACAACCCGGAAGUGAACGUCAUGAAGACGACACUUGAGGUUACAAAUGACGUCGUGCCAAAAUUGAAACGCUCAUCGGGAUCGAAAAUCAAACUGUCUACCCGGCGUCUCACGUUCAUGUUUAUGACAAUAUCUCUGACUAAUGUGGUGUCCAAUAUUCCUACGAUAGUUUACGUGAUUCUCUGUGUGAAUGACCCCGAGGCUUGGUUCCGUAAUCCCUAUGGCUUUCUGCAACAGCUAUUUCAGUUCAUGCGAGCCAUGCGGGUCGUUAACCACGCUAUGAAUCCAUUUCUGUACGGACUCUUUGAUGGUCGGUUCCGCGACGAAAUCCGAAAGCUUUGCUGUAAGAAUGUCAGUAAAAUCGACCUUUGAGAACCUGUUAAGAAAACUGUGAAUAUAAAGUUAAAGUUUAUUCUGCUCCAUUAAGUUAUCCAUUGAAAACACGUUUUGGGCUGCAAGACUUUUAGAACCCACGUCACAGCCCGUGUACAUGCGUUAUACACACACACAAAAUAAUGAUUAGGUGCAUUGAAUUAACUGGAUUUUUACAUGCAGUUUGUACGUGUAUUUGAAUUCAUAUGAUCGAUAUAAAGUUUUAACAAAAUA